CAGUCAUUUGAUCAGCAGCAGCUUAAACAGAUUUCACUUUAAUCCAUUUAAUGUUUCUUUCAGCUCAGGUCUGUAAACCUAGAAGAACAGGGUUACUUCCGUUCCUUUUACCAGCUUUACUUGUUUAAAUGGAGGCACAAAGCUGAUAUCUCCAAGCACAUUAACUGGCUAUUGAAUUUGCUCCAUUAAUCCUUCCCACUCACGUCAUGGAAGCCGUUUCAAAGCUCCUUUUCAGAUAAAAACUAACCUCCAGAAAGCCUGAGGGGGGGGUAUCCACCAAAUACACAACAAUAUGACACAGAGGAGUAAAUAUAGCAACAAGACGGGACAUUUAAGACAUUGCAGCACAGAGGAACUCAUCUCAGAUUUGUUGAUGCUCGAUACUGACGCAAAGAUCAUUUAUUACUUGUUUGUUAUGUUCUUCUGCCUUAAUUUUCAUUCAGCUUCAGUGUCAACAGUUUAAUCAGAGGCAUUGAUACGGACGUUACCAUGCACUGUGUGAGCAGAGGAGGCAGCUACCUGGUGAACUCCUACUGUGAUCUACAGGAGGACAAUCUGUGGAAGAAGGAGAGCUACAUCUCCUGCUGGCUGAAUGUGGUUCUGGAAACGAGACCUCAGUACAGGUUGACCCUGUCAGAGACCGACAGAGUUCGCAGAGAGAGUUAUAAGCAGCAGCAGGUGGUCCAUCUAAUGGUUCAGAGGAGCCCCAACCAGACACUGAAGCUGGGCAGGGAGAGGGGAGUCAUGACAGAGUUCCAGCUGCCGCUCUCCACCUGCACAGUGCUGCCCGCCAGGAGAAAUAUUACAGCAGGCAAAGAGGAAACCUCGGCCAAAACUCAGGACCUGUGCAAGCCAGUCAGAGGGAACUUCAGAGCCUCGGGUCUGAUGUCCUCUCCAAGAGAAGUCUCUCAUCGAGUACCAAGGAGGGAGUAAUGAGAUUAAAACUGCAGUUCUGGAAAUAAACUCUAAACUGUCUGACCUACACUGUAAUUUUCAGAGAACUGGACUAAUAAUAAUAGGCAACAAGAUCUGCCUAGUUUAUAUCUAUAAUAACAUCACUAUUCAAAAAUGCAAUAAUCUUGCAAACUAUGAUUUAUACUGGUAAAAUAAAACUAUAACAAAAGUCGUGUUAAGCUUUUGAUUCCAAAUGUAGAAAUAAACAUGUUGGUUUAAACAGUAUGGCCUGGUCUAAUAUGAAAUAUAACAGUUUUUAACUUUCAAUUUUAACAUAAUCCUGGCUAUAUCUACUCAUGCAAAUAUUGCAAACAUCUAGUCUCAGAUUAAAAGAUCUGCAUACAAGAUGCAGAGAGCGCCCCCUUCUGGACAAUGUAUAGUUUGAAGUAAGAAAAAAACCCUAACCUGGCAUAAUCCAGAUUCAAACUGUGUAGAAGUCAAAUUGAACUACAUGUAUGGAUCUGGAAAGCAUCCAGUAGAAAGUGUUUGCAAAAGGGAGGGACAGUCAGUACAAUUCUUGAGCUGAUUGGGUGCGUUUCUCCCAUGUGAGUUUUUAGCCAAUCACAGCCACAGUAGCAGCUGAGAGAUUCUUUGUUUAAUGGAGUAAACUCUCUUAGCAAAUAUGGUCUGGAGGAAUGUGUAACCAUAUACCCAUCCACAAAGGUAAAAAAUCACAGCCCC